UGUCAAUAUUUCCCGCCAUCGUUGAUUGGGAAAAAGUAUUUUCGGUUUUAUUUUUUGGUGAAUAAUCUGAAUUAUUUCAAUAAAAUGGGAAUUGUAACCCUUAAUGAAAAUACUCCUAAACAGCAUGAAGAAUACCAGUAUCUUGAUAUUGUUCGUAAAAUUAUCGAAACAGGAGACAAACGAGUGGAUAGAACUGGAGUAGGCACUCUAUCCAUUUUCGGAACGAUGCAAAGAUAUUCACUGACCAACAACAUUUUGCCACUUUUAACAACUAAAAGAGUAUUUUUAAAAGCAGUCAUUCACGAGCUGUUGUGGAUGAUUUCUGGUUCUACUGAUGCAAAAGCUCUUGCUGAAAAAGGUGUACACAUAUGGGAUGCUAACGGAUCCCGAGAUUUCCUUGACAAUCUAGGCUUUACCAGCAGAGAAGAAGGUGAUUUAGGACCAGUUUAUGGAUUCCAAUGGAGACACAGUGGGGCUCAGUAUAUAGAUGCCAAAACUGAUUACUCUGGACAAGGGAUAGAUCAACUAAAAAACAUUAUAGAGACACUAAAAAAGAACCCUGCAGACAGACGAAUGUUGAUGUGUGCAUGGAACCCAUCUGACUUGAGAAAGAUGGCAUUGCCCCCGUGCCAUUGCCUGGCUCAGUUUCAUGUGGCAAGUGGCAAACUGUCCUGUCUACUCUACCAAAGAAGUGCUGACAUGGGCCUUGGAGUACCAUUCAACAUUGCAAGCUAUGCACUACUCACACAUAUGAUUGCUCACAUUACAAACUUACAGGCUGGAGAGUUUGUACACACCAUGGGUGACACCCAUGUUUAUUUGAACCAUAUCACACCACUCACCACACAGUUGACCAGAGAACCCAGGCCCUUUCCCACUUUAAAGUUUGCCCGCAAGGUGGAAUCUAUUGAAGACUUUAAAUUUGAAGAUUUUAUUGUAGAGGGAUAUAAUCCCCAUCCAAAAAUUGACAUGGAAAUGGCAGUAUAAGUUAAGGAUUUGACAGUAUAAGUUAAGGAUUUGACAUGGAAAUGGCAGUAUAAGUUAAGGAUUUCAUUUGAUAAGUAUUAAUAUUCCAUCAACAUAAUCAUAAAGGAUGGUCAACAUAAUCAUAAUGGGUCAACAGGGAAAAACCUAUUAGAAAAAGAAAAACUAUAAAAAAAACUUUCUUUGCAACCAUUUUAUUUUAACUUUACAUGCUUAUAUGAAAUAACCCCAAAUGGCAAUUCAAUAUUAAAAAUAAAGUACAAUUAAUUAAUUAAUGUUACAAUGAUAAAAAUCCAUCAUCACAUAUCUUUUGUAAAACUUCAACAAUACCCAACAAAUUCAUAUUUUCAUCUUACAGCUACAAUCAACUUUUAGAGCUAUGUAUAUUAAUGAGUUUUUGUACAUUAAUUCUUUAGUACAAUUUAGUCUUGCUUCAAAAUUUAUUGUAUGCUUAAGUAUUUAGCAGAUUUUAAGUAGAGACUACACUAAACGUCCCAAACGAAAUAAAUAACAUAGUGUACCUAAAUUUAAUAUACCUAAAAUCUAUUUAACUUUUGUGUACUGUAAAACAAAGUCUGGUUUACUUUAGACAUUAAACCAUAUUUGGGUAUUCUACAGUAUUGCUUUGUGAUGUUGUGAGCAUUUAAGAAUAAUAAAUUACAACCUUAUUGAA